AGAAGAAGGAAGAGAAUGGAUAACAUCACAGCAAGUGAAGUAGCUGGUUUCGGAGUGGGUGCUGUGCUCCUCUGUGCCACUGUUGCUGCCACCAAAGUCGAUGCUUUCUUCUCUUCUUCUCAGCGCAGCUCAUUAGGGAUGUGCAAGCGAUGUGGCAAUCUUAGGCGAUUGGCUUGCUCGACAUGCAAAGGAACUGGGUCUAUCAGAGAAGGGGGAAUACUUGGUAUUAAACUCGUAGAAGAUUUGUUUGAAACAAUUGGUAAUAGUGAACCAAAGGUGAAGCAGAUAGCAUGUGUAAAAUGUCAAGCCAAAGGUUACUUUUCAUGUCCUAAUUGUUCUGAACUAUAAUCACUGUGGUUUUAUGUUCUAUACCUACAAGGAUUUUUGCCCAAAACAUUCAAUUUCAACAUGUAACAUUGUGAAUUGUUAUUAUAGAUGGUGGCAUGCAGCAUGCAGUUUAUCUUCUGCUCCUCUUGUAAAUUUGCUUCAUGCCUUGUUACUUCAAUAAACAUAAAUUGAAUACUUCUUCUUUGCCAGGAUUC